GUCCGUUUGAUAUAAAGCCUCUUGUUCGAUCUUGCUCUUUUAUAUAUAAAGAUCACAGUGCUCUCUAUCUAGUCUAGCUUAUCUAUAAAGAGAUGAGAACAAGGAGAGGGACUUGUUAUCCGAGAGUGGACAUGUGUUUGGACGAGAGAGAAGUCAUCAAAAGGGGAGUUUUCGCCAGAGAACAACAACAGAGGAAUCGCCGGAAACGUUUGAAGACCGCCGGAGACUGUGAUUUGUUCGAUUCAUUGCCGGAUGAUCUCGUUCUUUCUAUUCUCUGCAAACUUAGCUCCACCGCUGCUUGUCCAGCUGAUUUUAUCAACGUUUUGAUAACGUGCAAAAGAUUAAACGGCUUAGGCCUCCAUUCCCUUGUAUUAUCCAAAGCUUCUUCCAAAACGUUUUCCGUUGAAGCUAAGAAGUGGUCCGACUCCGCUCACCGAUUCUUGAAACAUUGCGCCGAUUCCGGAAACGUUGAAGCCUGCUACACUCUCGGCAUGAUUCGUUUCUACUGCUUACAAAACCGAGGAAGCGGAGCAUCGCUGAUGGCCAAGGCCGCGAUUAGCUCUCACGCGCCGUCGUUGUACUCGCUCGCCGUGAUUCAGUUCAACGGCAGCGGUGGCUCCAAGAACGACAAGGACCUACGUGCCGGCGUGGCACUGUGCGCGCGAGCCGCCUUCCUUGGCCACGUCGACGCGCUUCGUGAGCUCGGCCACUGCCUUCAAGACGGCUACGGCGUUCGCCAGAACAUUGCCGAGGGACGCCGUUUCCUCGUCCAAGCCAACGCUCGCGAGCUCGCCGCCGUUCGCUCCAUCCCUCCCUCAGCCACGGCCUCGUUGCUGACGUGGAAUCCACUCUCGCAAAACCGGUUCGUGACCAGCUCGGGAUGUCCGUUACUGAGUGAUUUCGGGUGCAACGUUCCUGCCCCUGAAGCCCACCCGGCUAGCCAGUUUUUGACCGAGUGGUUCGCUGCUCGGGGUGGCUAUCCGGGUCCGGGGCUCCGAAUGUGCUCGCACGCCGGGUGUGGACGGCCCGAGACGAGGAGGCAUGAGUACCGUCGGUGUUCGGUUUGUGGCGCAGUGAACUACUGCUCUCGCGCGUGUCAGGCGCUGGAUUGGAAGGUGCGCCACAAGGUGGAGUGCGCACCCAUAGAGAGGUGGCUCGACGAGGACGGAGAUUACGGCAACAAUAACGGUGACGGCAAUGGAGGUGGUGUUGGUGAGGAUGGAGAUGCAAUGGUUGAGAGUUAAACGGCGGUGACGGAGACAGUGACUGUGACUGUGACUGUGACGGCAACGGCGCGUGAGCCUUGAAAGCUCUAGAAAGAGAAUAGUCGGGACAGUUUAGGUGGAAAAUUGAAUUCAGCAUCAAUUAUGGUGAUCGGUUAAGUUGUACAGGGUUUUGAAGAGUUCAUUAAUAGGCCAAUUUGGCUGGCUACCUUGAAUUUUCCUUAAAUUAAAAAACUGUAAUUUCCUUAAAUUAAAUUGCUCAUUUCAUUUCAAUCUUAA